CCCAAAUUACGCUCCCAAGUCCCAACCCUUUCCCUAAACACCACUUCGCAACCCAAAAUUUACACUUCUUCUGCUACUGCCGCUGUCAUUUCUGCUUUCAAGAUAUGGGCCUAAGUAAGAAACCCAUGUCCAUGCCUGUUAGAGGAAAGGGGAAAAGAGACCACCGCUCCGAUAAUGUUGAUCAUGCUUUGAGUUUGUUCAAUAAGAUGAUUGAAAAGUACCCAAAGCCUUCAAUUGUGGAAUUCAAUAAAUUAUUAGGAGCCAUUGUUAAGACGAAACAUUAUGCCAUUGUUGUUUCUAAGUAUAGACAGAUCGAAUUAUUGGGAGUUUCCCAUAAUGUUUAUUCUAUGAACAUCUUGAUUAAUUGCAUUUGUCAAUUAGGUCGAAUUGAUUUUGGGUUUUCUGUUUUGGGGAAAAUGCUGAAGUUAGGUGUUGAGCCUAGUGCUGUAACUUUUUCAACUUUGAUAAAUGGGCUUUGUAAUCAAAGUAAGAUUUCUGAGGCCGUUUGUAUGUUCGAUGAAAUGACUGAAAAAGGGUAUCAAGCUCAUUUGAUUGUUUACAAUACAGUACUUAAGGGGUUGUCUAAGACCGGCAAUACUGAUAGAGCUGUUAGGUUUCUAAGGUUGAUGGAAAGCAGAGGCUUUGAACCUAAUAUUGUAGCAUAUAGCAUUGUCAUUGACUGCCUUUGUAAGAACGGUUUGUUACAGGAGGCUCUCAAUCUCUUAUCUGAAAUGAAGGUUAAGGGCAUUAGACCAAAUAUCAUUACUUAUAACUGCUUAAUUCAUGGUAUGUGUAAUUUGGGCCAGCAGGAGGAGGCAACAAGGCUUUUGAGUGAAAUGGUUGAUAACAAUAUUUCACUUGAUAUUGUCACGUAUAAUACAUUGGUUGAUGCUCUUUGCAAGGAAGGAACAAUUUCUAAAGCUGUAGAGACCAUUGACAUGAUGAGAAAGCAAGGCAUUGAGCCUAAUGUUGUCACGUAUAGUACAUUGGUUGAUGCGCAUUGCAAGGAAGGGAUGGUCUCUGAAGCUGAGGAUAUUGUUGACGCAAUGAUAAAGCGAGGCAUUGAGCCUAAUGUUGUUACCUAUAGUGCAUUAGUUAAUGGUCAUUGCUUGCAGAAUGAAACGGAUAAAGCUAGAAGAGUUUUCAACUUGAUGAUUGAGAAGGGUUGUGCACCUAGUAUAGUUACAACACCGUGA